ACCUCGCCAGCGGCUUCGCCAUCUUCUUCCUCCUCCUUCACAGACGCACGCGCGCACUCUCUCUCUCUCUCUGGUUUUUUCAUCCUCGAUGCUCUCUUUAACUCCAUGGAUUCUAAAUUCUGAUUUCUUCUUCUUCUUUUACUUUCAUGGGUGAAGAGGGAGAGGAAGUAAUAAUCACAGAUAGGGGACACCAUGGAGUCUGCGGAGAUUUUAAGCUGUUAUACAGAUUGGUGCUGUUUAACACACGAGUGUUCCUUUUCAUUUUCAAUGGCUCCUUUUAAGUGAAAAUCUUCCCUUGAGAUCUUUUCAGAUCAAAUUUCAAUACGUUAACCUGCGACUGUAACUACUGGAUCAAAACAUCCCGAUCUAUUAAGAUCUUUGUGCAGAGUUGUAAUUUUGUUUCCCUCAUCCAGUCAUGAAGAGAUCACUUGAAAGCUCCGAUUCUUUGGGUGCUUUGAUGACUAUGUGUCCAUCCACAGACGAACACAGUCCGAGAAACAACAACAAUAAUCAUGUGUAUGGUAGAGAGUUCCAACCCAUGAUGCUGGAUGGACUGGACGAGGAAGGGUGUGUGGAAGAAUCAACCCAUCUGAUGAUGUCGGAGAAGAAACGGCGUCUGAGCGUGGAUCAAGUUAAGGCUUUAGAGAAGAACUUCGAGGUAGAGAACAAGCUUGAGCCUGAGAGGAAGGUGAAGCUUGCUCAAGAACUUGGGUUACAGCCUCGACAAGUGGCGGUCUGGUUCCAAAACCGUCGUGCUCGGUGGAAGACGAAGCAAUUGGAGAGAGAUUAUGGCGUUCUCAAAGCCAAUUAUGAAGACCUCAGACGUAACUUUGACACCCUCCAACAGGACAAUGAAGCAUUGCUCAAAGAGAUUAAGGAAUUGAAAUCUAGACUAAAAGAAGAGUACACGGAGAGGGAUAUUUCAGUGAAGGAAGAGACAAAGGGAUCAGAUUCCGACGAGAAAAAGGUCGAACAGAGUAACCCACCACCGGCGGAAACCUCCAUUCUUGAAUCAGAGUGCAAGGACUUGAAUUAUGGGUGCUUCAAUGGAGUGGGAGGUGCUUCACUCAUAUCACCGGUGGAUCAUUUCAAAGACGGUUCUUCCGACAGCGACUCUAGCGCAAUCCUGAACGAAGACAACAGCCCCAACGCCGCCAUUUCGUCGUCGGCAGCUCUUCAGGGCAACCACCUGUUAAUGUCUCCGUCGUCGCCGUCGUCCAUGAACUGCUUUCAGUUCCAGAAAACUUACCAGAGUCAGUAUGUGAAGAUAGAAGAACACAACUUCUUAAGCGCAGAAGAAGCCUGCAAUUUCUUCUCCGAAGAACAAGCACCCACCCUCCCGUGGUACUGUUCAGAUCACUGGAGCUAAAAAAAAACAGUAGAAUUGAAGAAAGCCUAGUACUGGGUAGAGAUCAGUAUAGAUGAGAGCUCAAGAAAGUGGUAGAAAAAUGGAAAGAACUAGGGAGGUAGAAAUAUUCAUUCGCUUUUGGGGUUCUCAUUUUUUAUGAUCGAAGUUGAAAAAUGAAAAACCUGUAUAAAGCUGGGAAGCAGGAACAAGGAAGCUCGCAGUCGCAAGGCUAACGCACGUACGGGUGGACUGUGAAGCAAUUGGUGUGAAACGCUGACGAAUAAGUCGUGCGGGAAAGGAAGGGACCUGUAAUAUGAAUAAUCAUAAUAAUAAUAAUAAAUUAAUGAUAA